UCGUUCUCUCCCGCUGCCUCUCCGGGCUCCAUUCCCUCGCCACGUUCGACUCCCUCGCCCCGGAGCAUGUUCCAGCCAGAGCCGGACAAGGAGGACAGGCACGAACGCCACUCCAAAAAGAGAAGGUCCAAAGAGUGCAACUUCAACGAUCCGCUUGACCUUCUGUGGCUGGGAGCAACUUCCACCAUGUCCACCUCAGCGAGUUCCCACUUGAACAAAGGCAUCAAGCAGAUGUACAUGUCCCUGCCUCAGGGUGAUAAAGUCCAAGCUAUGUACAUCUGGAUUGACGGUACUGGAGAAGGACUGCGAUGCAAGACCCGGACCCUGGACAGUGAGCCCAAGAGUAUAGAAGAGUUGCCCGAGUGGAAUUUUGAUGGCUCUAGUACUAUGCAGUCUGAAGGCUCCAACAGUGACAUGUAUCUUGUUCCUGCUACCAUGUUUCGGGACCCUUUCCGCAAGGACCCCAACAAGCUGGUGUUCUGUGAAGUCUUAAAAUACAACCGCAAACCUGCAGAGACCAAUUUAAGAUAUACCUGCAAACGGAUAAUGGACAUGGUGAGCAAUCAGCAUCCCUGGUUUGGAAUGGAGCAGGAAUAUACUCUCAUGGGCACAGAUGGGCACCCUUUUGGCUGGCCUUCCAAUGGCUUCCCUGGACCCCAAGGUCCAUACUACUGUGGCGUGGGAGCAGACAGAGCCUACGGCAGGGAUAUUGUGGAGGCUCACUACCGGGCCUGCUUGUACGCUGGCAUCAAGAUCGCAGGGACAAAUGCCGAGGUCAUGCCCGCCCAGUGGGAAUUCCAAAUAGGACCCUGUGAAGGCAUCGACAUGGGAGAUCAUCUCUGGGUGGCCCGUUUCAUCUUGCACCGCGUGUGUGAAGACUUCGGAGUGAUCGCAACCUUUGAUCCCAAGCCCAUUCCUGGCAACUGGAAUGGUGCAGGCUGCCACACCAACUUCAGCACCAAGGCCAUGCGAGAGGAGAACGGUCUGAAGUACAUUGAGGAGUCCAUCGAGAGGCUGAGCAAGCGGCACCAGUACCACAUCCGAGCCUAUGAUCCCAAGGGGGGCCGGGACAAUGCCCGGCGCCUCACCGGAUUCAACGAAACCUCCAAUAUCAACGACUUCUCCGCCGGUGUGGCCAACCGUAGCGCCAGCAUCCGCAUUCCCCGGUCUGUGGGCCAGGAGAAGAAGGGGUACUUUGAAGACCGGCGCCCCUCUGCCAACUGUGACCCCUUUGCCGUGACAGAAGCCCUCAUCCGCACGUGUCUUCUCAACGAAACUGGCGAUGAGCCCUUCCAGUACAAAAACUAAGUGGACUAGACUCGCAGCCAUCCAGCUCCUUCUAAUUACUUCUUCAUCCCGCUCCCACUCUCGCCCCUCGAUUGUCAUAACAAAUGUAACUCAAAAGGGCAGAAUAUCAAGGUCUUUUUUUAUUCCUCCUGCCCAGUUAA